AUGGCCGGGUCUUUAGUUUCUUCCAUCAUUUUGUUUCUUCUCUUUAUCAUUCUCUUACUUUUCGUAGAUGGAAACGUUUUUGCUGCCCGAAUGGAACAUCGCAAACUCGGUGGGGAAAAAGAAAAAAUGACCAUAAGGAGGAACUUGGAGGGUGGGCAACAAGGCUCAAAAAUUGGAGCUCACGGAAGCACGUCGCACCCAGACGGCGGGAAAACUGCUAACGUGCCGGAGCAACGCAAACCUAAUCAAGCGACGGCGCAAAGACACUCUCUUCGAUACUCAGAUAUCAAACGCAAUCCAACCCUAGGAUAUCCGACUAUUCACCCUAAAUGCACUAUGUACACUCGAUGUAAGAGGGGGAAUUAAUUAGAUGAUCUGGCUAUAACUUUGGAUACAAAGUCGGCAUGCAUAUGUUGUUAGCGGGUUUUCUUGUUAUGUGGUUGGUUCUUCAGUCUUUAUGCUAAUGUGUAUGACUGGGAUCGAUCGGAGUAUGCAACUUGGGAAGCUAGAUCCUUAUAGUUUUAUCAUAUAUCUCUUGUAAUUUUUAUUAGUUCAACGUAAACUAUUUAACAGUCAAACUAUCAGACACCAAUUUUUUAUUAAUUAUUUUUAAUACA